UGAGCAUGCAAGGCCACGUGAUGGUCUGGAAGAAAUGCGCCUGCGUAGUGUAGUGAGCGUGUGCGGGAAGAGUGGAUCGAGCUCCCGCCACCUCUACCGCCGUAACUAGUAGUGUGGCUCAGCUGUUUCUGUUUACUAAACAAAGGAGCCAGAAAUCAGUUCAACGGUGGACAGCGAGCGGGGCACGUUCGUGUGUCCGUUAGCGACACCACUUUUUUUUUCUAACCCUUUUUGACCAACCAACAGACCGAUCUCGCUUCAUGAUCGCAGACAAAAAUCGUGAGUGCAUCUAACCAGGAUAUUUCUCGGAGACUUGUCAAUUGCUAACCACCGAAUUCCCGAGUGAUAUCGGAGGACUAAAGCACAUAGCAAGACGAGGAAACAAAUGCAGUAAGUAUGCCGUCGUUGCUGGAAGCACUGGAGCUAAAGUACGGCAGUUCAACGACCGACUGCUCCCUCACGGACGAGGAGACGGAAUCGAGCUCGCCGAAGGCCGCCCUCUCGGUCAGCAUUUUCAUUCCAAAGAAAUCACCCCGUCAUACGGUGCCUGCGUUGCUGGUGUUGCAGGACUGUGACAUCGAGUCCGCUGGAAAUGACGCCGAGAAGCUCCGCAAUAAAUGCAAGAACGUCGAGGAGCUCGACCUUGCGCAGAACAAACUGUCCCAAUGGACCGAGGUGUUCGAUAUUCUGCAGCACAUGCCGAAGAUCAAAUUCGUCAACCUUAGCUUCAAUUGCCUGGCCGAGGUCCUCGAGAUCAAGCACGGGAGUUACGAUCUAUUGAAAAAUUUGGUUUUGAACGGCACCAGAGUCACCUGGUCGACGGUCCAAGGGCUGAUUCAUUUGCUCCAUAAUCUGGAGGAACUCCAUUUGUCGUUGAACGAGUACAAGACAGUUGACUUGGACUAUCAGAUGUCUGAAAACAAGAAUACCUCGGUGAAGAAACUCCAUUUCACCGGGAAUCCCGUUGAAGUGUGGAACGAAAUCUCUAAACUUGGCUACAUCUUCCCGAAUCUGGAGAGUCUCGUGCUAGCAGAGUGUCCGAUUAGGUCAUUGGCUCUUGUAAACAAUAGGAACUCGAACGAGGAGAUGUGUCCCAAAAAAGAGACCGAAAAUUUGAGCGAAGAUAACGAGAAUAUGAACAGCCUGAACGACGAAGAGAAUACGUUGGUAGAUGAAAAGGGGAACAGGAUACUCAACGAGGGAAAGGUGAAUUACGACAGAUUCGAGUCGGAAUCAGAGUCCAGCGGCACAACCAUUAGAUCCUCUCAUGAUCCUUUCAGAAAACUCAGGUUCCUAAACGUGAACGGUACGCUCUUGUCCACGUGGGACGAUGUAGAACGGUUAGCCAGGUUUCCGGCGCUGAAAUCUCUGAGGAUUCAGGGCUGCCCUCUUUUCGAGAGUCCUCGAGAAUACACUGAACACGAGAGGCGGCAGCUUUUGAUCGCCAGACUUCCAAAUGUUGAAACGUUAAAUGGCGGCGGCGUGAUAUCCUCUCAGGAGCGCGAGGACGCCGAGAGAGCCUUCAUUCGGUACUACAUGGACAAACCGGAAGCGGACAGGCCCGAAAGGUACUCCGAGCUGGUAGCUAUUCACGGAAAGCUGGAUCCGCUGGUACACGUUGACCUGACGCCUGAGAAAAGGGUCAAGGUCACGUUCACUUACGGAGACCUGGUUGAGGUUCGAUCCAUAGACGUGUACAGGACGGUUUUUGAAUUGAAAACCAAGCUGGAAACAAUGGUGAAAAUCCCGGCGAAUAGGAUGAGGCUCUUUUACGUAGAUCAGGUGUUGAAGGCGCAAUACGGGCCAGAAGAAAUGUUGUAUCCGAACAAGCAAUUAUACCGAUACAACAUACGUAAUGGCGACGAGAUCAUAAUCGACAGCAAGUUGAAUCGUUUCGUGUCGUCGUCUUCGACUACGUCUUCCAUUCGUUCAUGAAGAAGGUGUUCCAGUGAAUCGUCGGACAACACAAAACAUACCUGACAGUUGUUGGGAUCUGAUCUCUGCUAACAGAUCUACUGAUCGAAGGUCUCAUAGGUUCCAAUCGUAAAUCGAUUUCGGAGAGACUUGGAAUUUUUAUGUAUACACACCGAGUAAUCGUUCUAUAAGUUAUAUUUAUCGAUUCUUCAAGGUUGAAAAGCAUAACAAAAUACGUUAAGAACUGACAAAAGAGUCGCGUUUGUGCGUAGCAAAUGGCUACACGAGGAAGCAAAGUUCAAAUUUUUCCAGUACGAGGACGUAUUAAAUACAUUUCUAGAGAAAGGAAGGAAAUUUUCACAUAUUCAUAAACACACGUAUAUUCUGUAUCAUGUUUUUAUGAAAAAUUUUCGUGAAUCUGUUUACAAAGAAUUUUGCGAUUCUUCUUCGAAGCUUCGCGUUAAUCGUAGCGUAGAUUGCAGUCGAACGUAUCUGAAUUAAAAUAUAAGGUAGUUGAUUAACGUAUCCUCUGCUACUAAAAUACAGUUCCUCCUCCCAAUAAGCUACGUAAUCUCUUUAUUGAAAGUGUUUUUACUCUAUGCGGUAACGCUCGUUUUAACACAUUGCUUGCUAUUUUCUUCUCCUUUCUAAUUCGCUUUAUCAGAAACAAAAAUACCAUUGCAUUACUUAGACAAUUGAAUGUGAACAGUGGGACGUAUGCGUUAGUAGCAGUGAAUGUGUUAAAUAGCAUCUAAUUUACCCGAUUAUUUUCCAAGUAGUGAACGUUGCCUGUUGACUAGGAACGUGAAAGUUCGUUCCUUCAUUACAUUGUACAGAAGAAACUUUAUUAGUGAUUCGAUUGUAAAGUUCGAAGAAGAAAUAACGGAAACCAAAAAGAAAAAAGAAAAAAAAAAAUAACGUAGUGCUAAAUGUCGUAAGCACAUUGGUAUCGAUUAGAGACGAGUACUUACAUGAUUCGAUCAGAAAUGAUACUUUUAAUUUCUGAGCCGAAUUUACCAUGUUAGAAAUGUUAACUAGUGAGCUGUUAAAUUCGAUUUAUUAACGUUUUGUAAUAAUAAGGGGAUUCGACGAAGAGCAACAUCAGUUGAAUUAAGCUCGUGGAUGAAUUUUUAAACGUGACACAAUUCGCAUACUUCAGGGCAAUGCAACGAGUAUGUCGGAAAAAUAAUGAUAGACGUCGAGAUUGCCGAAAAGAAUGAAAACUAUUUUUAUAGAUCGCAGCUAGGCACGAAGGCGCCACGAGAAUAUAAUGAGAACUAUAGGCAAUGAUAAAAGUAUGAAAGUAUGAAAGGUACACAUACACGGCUUUGUCUUGAUCACAACGACCAAAGUUUCGUACUGGCUGAUGCAAAAGUUCUUACUCUGUACUGAAACAGCAUAAAUGUCAAUGCAGAUUGUCAUAUGGAUUUUACGUAGAGUCGUAGAAAAGCAAGCAGAAAGUAAUAGUCGGUACUAUUAUUUUUACACUUUUACGUUUAUUGUCUAGCAUGAAGAGGCGAGUAUUGAUGCUUUUUUAGAGAUGAAAGAUAAAGUGAUUCCCGAUAUAAUUUCAUGCAUUUUUAUGUACUUAAGCUUGACAGUUAUCGAUAUGGGAUGACUGUAAAUUUAAACGCAACUAACACAAUACGUCUCUAAAGUAUCGAUAUUUUUAGUCGUUAAUUUACCAUUGUCCUUCGGUGUAUCCUUUAUUGUAUAAAAUUCAUAAAAUGUACAGAAGAAACUGAUACACGAGGAAGCUUAACGUUAACGCGUGCGUGGUCAUGUGUUAGGAAGAAGACAACGAUGUUGCGCGUUUUGGUUUAUUCCGCUUGCAAGGGAGGAAUCUUGAAGAGUCACUUAGUGCCUGCCUUUUAUUAGCAUAACUUGAAUAUUUCUAACACUGCCCUUGUAAAUACCAUGAAUACAUGAACUGCAACGCAGCUUCGUCGACUCUUCAUGGUAGUGCGUUGACCAGUCAGUGUUUUUCUGUGAUCGUAUCUCAACAUUGGAAUAUUUCGUGACUUAGGAGCUAAAAAAUUCUGUAAGACUUUUUUUAAGGAUUAAAAAAAAAAAACACAUUAAAGCAUGGUCUAAAUAUUCCAGUGCAAGAGACUUAAUGAUUAUGAAAGUCAGAGAAAAAGCAGAGCUGCAAGGUUAAGGAAGAGGUCUGUCUACGCCUCUCUGAAAGAUCGAGAACGGUAUCGCGAACGUUUGUGUCGUUGGAUUUCAGGGUUAUCGAUGCUUUUGGAGAUUGUACGUACCGUGCCGAGUCGUUUGAUCGAUGCAUAUCGCAAGUAUUCACGAGGAAACGAGAUACAAAAACGCAAUGACCCUGAGACCCGCACACUGUGUCUAGUCUUGGAAAGGAAACUGCAUUGUUCUCAUUUUAUAUAAUAUGAUCCUUUUUUGUGCUGGCGCAAAUGUGUACGUACUAACGAAAUAAAAACUUUAUAUGAGACGACCCGUGUUUUCUUACACGAUGUCGAUCAUCGAUCAUGAAUAUCAUGGAUCAUAAACGUUUAGAGAUUAAACAUACAUUGACUGUAUAUUUUAUACGAUUGCUAUCGAAGAAUGGAAAGUAUUGUGCAGACUGGCCAAUAAAUUUAUCAGUUAAAUCUGUGCCAUGAGCGUGAGGAAUUAAACGCAUAGGUCAGGAUGCUUUUCUAACCAAGACUUUAAUCGACGAAGAGUAUAUCUUCGAGAUUAAAGUAAAUUAUCCUUUCGCAAAACGAUGAACAGAGCUAGAAAAAAAAAAAGAUAUGUUAAAGUUUUGUUGCUGUCAAUGAACUGCCUGUUAUUGUUUGAUACCUUAUUGGUUGCAUAGGAUAUGCCUGUUUUGGCUGGUUGAUGAGACAGUGCAAGGACUGUAAGCGCAUCGAUCGCGAACGACGCUUGGCGUCGCGACGGACCUAAAGGCGACGCCAUGUUAAUCAGACGACGCAUGGAUAAACGUUGCCAACGAAGUGAGGAAACCUGUCUUGAAUGACCUGAAAAGCUGAUCGUAAACAGUAAUAUAGUAAAAGAAAAAAGAAAAAAAGAUAUUAAUAUGCAAGCAAACAAAUUUUUUUUUACCGAAGUAUCGAUUGUCACUCGAUAGAAACUUUCCAGGGGUAACUCCGCGUGUUGCGCCAGCCCUGUUUACAGGGGCGCGUAGUUUUGUCCGAUAACGAAGACGCAGAGCUGGCUGCAUAAACUCGAGCGCCCCGGAAACUCAUUCAUCGUGAAAGUUGUCUUGCGGUCCAUUUGAAUAAUUUUAUACAAUAAUUGUAUGUUAUUAGGAAACGUCACAGGAAGCUUCGUACGUUCUCUUCUUGUUUAGCAAUUAAGAAGAUAACACAUAGAAGAAUUAAACAGAUAUUUAUCCAGCUUUCAAAUGUAACCCGAAGAAGA